GUGCGUUGCAUUGAGAAAACAUUAUCGUGAGUUGUUUCAGAUAUUUUUAUUCUUUUUUUUUAGGCUAAGGUAACCCUGCUGUCUUUGCUAAAUCUUUCCUUUUUAAUUAGUAAAGAUGAGUUACGGUAGACCACCGCCCGAUGUGGAGGGCAUGACUUCUCUGAAAGUCGAUAAUCUGACUUAUCGCACGUCCCCAGAAACGUUGCGGCGUGUUUUUGAGAAGUAUGGCCGCGUUGGAGACGUUUAUAUUCCGCGUGAUAGAUACACGAAAGAAAGCAGAGGUUUUGCAUUUGUGCGCUUUCACGACAAAAGAGACGCAGAGGAUGCAAUGGACGCGAUGGAUGGUGCCCUCCUGGACGGGCGCGAGUUGAGGGUACAGAUGGCCCGGUACGGGCGCCCACCGGACUCUCACUACGGGCGCAGAGGAGCACCUCCGCGUAGAUACGGAGGCUAUGGACGGAGAAGUCGGAGCCGGAGCCCACGACGCAGGAGACACAGCCGAUCGAGGAGCAGAAGCCGUUCCCGGUCACGCAGCCGAUCCCGCUACAGCCGAUCAAGAUCCAGGUCUUACUCCCGCUCCCGUUCUCGCUCAAAGACCCGCACUCCUCGCAGGAGCAGGUCCAAGUCAGCGUCCAGGUCCCGCUCAAGGUCCAAAUCAAAGUCACGCUCCAGGAGUCACACUCCGGCUUCAAACAGAGGGUCAAAGUCGAGAUCAAGGUCUGGAAGCCGACCCAAAUCUCCUGAGGACAACGGAGUUCCAGAGUCAUGAAGUUUGGAUGUCAAGUGACUGAGACCUCAGUGUGGAACUUGCCGAACGGAAAGGUCCAUUCAAGGACUGCAAAAUUGUGAUGUCAGACCAAAAGGUUAUUGUAACUUGGUCUAAAAUCUUUUUAAUGAUUUCUUUGCUUUCAGUUGCUCUGAAUUAUUUUCUAUCAUAUACUGGAUCUUAUGUAAUGCCAUUAAAAUUUUCAUUAUACUUAAGUUUGGGCAAUAAGGUAAUGACUUCCCCUCCCCCAUUUUUGGUAGUGUUUGAAUUUAAGUACCCCAUGUAUUUGCAACUCGCAGACAAUAAAGUAAGUUCUUUUUUUUUUAAAUCAAAAGUUAUUCAUCUUUUCUGUCACCCAUCAUUUUGGGGAAAAAAAAGUGAAGUUGUGUCUGUAUUAAAUGAAUGUGACCACCUCUGAAACCUUAGGUAUUCGCAGAAAAAUUAUUUGGCCAAUUGAAAAGGCCUGUACUUUUCUUUUCUGUUUUUCUUUUAAGCAAGUCAAUAAAAAUGAAUUUGGAUGAGAGAUGGUCAGAAUAAACGCUAUUGUCCUAUAGUAAUGUAUUUGGUUCUCUUAUUGUGACACAUAUGUUCUUUUAAUUGAUCAGUGGUAAUUUCAAAACCAUCCUGAGUCUAACAUUGUCUCUUGUGUAUCUUUUGUGCACUAGGCGCAGUUGCGUAGCAGUUGAAUAUUGCUGGUUAGCUGUAAAGGUGACGCGUCUCGGUGCAGAGUGCUUGGCUGUUUCCAGUAUUCUCCUGGUUGCUCCUGUGUAACGCCUUGAUUUGAUUUUUUUUUUCCUCCCCCUAAAUUGGCAACAGCAGAACAACCUUUUUUUUUUUUUUUCUUCUUCUUCCUAGAACAGUCAUGUAAAGUCCUCAAAAAAAUGUUAAAUCAGCUUCGGGCAAAACUUUUGAACUAUACAGUUAACUAUCACUGCGAUGUGAAUGUUAAUAAAC